GUGAGAACCAUUGCAAGUCAUCCAGUAUAAAUAAGGUUCUUGGGUCAGCUUAUUUUCCAUCCCACACAGCAUCAUCCAUUCUUGCAACAAAAUUCAAUGGCAGCAAACCAAGGACAGUUCUCAUUUCUCAGGGACUUGGAUCACACCAAGACAACUUGGGCGAUCAAAGUGAAGGUUGUGAGAGCUUAUGAAAUGCCACCUCAGUCCAGGGGAGGACAGAGGAUAGAGUUGGUUUUCAUUGACUCCCAGGGAGACAAAAUUCACGGUUUGAUAAAGAGGCCUCAGCUACGUUUGUUUAGGUCUAAGAUUGCAGAAAACGGGGUUUAUGCAAUUAGGGAUUUCUUGGUGAUGGAUAACUACUACACUUACAAAGCCACAAACCAUGCCUACUUGAUCGAAUUUUAUGGCAAGACUAUAGUUAAGGAUAUUAAUCCUGACAUUGUGCCAAACAGUGUGUUUGAAUUUCAGCCAUUUGAGGUUCUACAAACCUUGAGGGUUGUUGAUGAUAAACAACUAAUUG